AUGACGGGCGCUAUCGCUACCCCUCGGUACAGCAACGACGAUUUCGAGACAGCUUCGGUUCGUUCAGCUGCUCCUUCUUAUGCUCUACCUUAUAUCGUGAAGCUGGACGCUGCUAGCAAAAGCUCCGCAAUCUGGCACGAAAUCAUUUUUGCUGACCUGUUCACCGCUCCAGUCUCGGAAGCUCCCUCUUACCACUCAACAAACCCGUUUCCCGAGACCUUGCCUUCAUACACCCCUCCAGCUCGAAACCAUGCGGUUGUGAGAAGCUCCAUGAUUCCUUCCAGCAGUGGCACAUCCACUCCCACUGCGCGCCAACAGACUAUCGGCCUGCCUCCAGUACCCGCGGCCCCUUUGCGAUCCCAGCCGAAUUUAGACAACUUUCGUAUUGCGACGUGGUCAUCUGUAUCCAGCAACCCCGCCGCUCGACACUACCAGAACGUUGCCAACCGAAGAUUAACAGCACAACGUGAUCCCGUAGACAGCCUUCGUCGCGUUAUGACCGAUAUCAGCGAACAAGCACCAGAGAGAUACACCUCCAGGCCUUUGGAGGAUCCCUACUUGGUUGGUGAGGUGGCUGCUUCUCGGGCCCGUCGAGAACGGGUUGCACGGGAGUCGGGGGAUGAUAUUCUGAUCCGAGAAGACCGCCAAUGGGACUGGUUCCUAGCUCGGAUGAAGGACUCGGAUGAGCGGCAGAGAAGCUGGACUUCUUACCGCCGAGAACAGGAUGCUGGGAGCCGCAAAAAGCUGUUCCGUCGUAUGGGAGGAAGGCGUUUGUUGUAA